AUGCGACGACGCUCGGGAAGUCGCACUGCCUCCGAAGGCGGGACUGAGCCAUCGCCACAGGCACAGCCAGACCAGGCGGCAGCAGCAGCAGCAGCGUCACCAAGAGUGGCAAGGCGCCCAUCACGAGCCCGAGAACCAGCAGGCAGCACCACCGCAGACGCAUCUCCACUGCAUGCGCUGCCGCCAAACCACGCUUUUCGGCAGCAGACCCAUGCUCAGACGCACGCAUUGCGGCAAGACGAGCGGCCGGCGGGCGAGCUGCACGCCUACGACCCGCACGUGCCGCCCAGCAACCGCGACACAGCCUCAGCAGCUCCAAGCGCGAUGCACGGCGGCAUCCGGCCCUCAGCUGGCCCCGUCGCUCCCUUCUCGAUGGCACAGCACCUGCUCGAGCACCGCAGUGGCUCCAGCAGUACCAGCAGCAGCAGUACCAGCAGCAACAGCGGCGGCAGCGGUGGCCUUGGCGGCGGGCACAGCCUCUCAAACCGCAGUUUCAAUGGCAACCUGCACGCGCAGCUGCCUUCUUCUUCUUCUUCGCUGCCAAGACCACCAUCAUCAUCAGGAGCAGCGGCGGCUCCAUCGGCGGCUACUGCUCCAUUGGCGUGGCCGCGGUCGUCGUCGUUCUCGUCCGCGCCCACACGGCCGGCUGCUGAUGAUGACGAGGCAGCGUCGCCGCAGCAUCCCCCGCCGACUCCGACAAAGUCGUACACACCGCUAACCCCGCGCGACGGACGACCAGGGCGAAGAGGGUUUCCAAAUGUCUCGCCCAGCCCGAUGCGCAUCAAUCCACAAGAAUUGUCAAAACUGCACCAGCAACAAGCGAGCGCUCGCCAACGCUCACGCGAGCACUUGGCACUCUUUGGCACAGCUUUCACCUCGCCCAUCCCCGGAGUCGAGAACGACCUGCCGCCGUCCCACGAACGGUCGCAGGCAUUCGCUGCACAAAGACAGCAGCUCUUGCAUCAGCAGAGCAGCAGCAGUCGCAGCCAGCCGUUCUUUGCGGGUGGGCUGAGCUUCUCCAAUCACGCCUCCGGCUCUCGUGCGGGCGGCUCGCAGCCCCGUUCACAAGGGCGCAUCGGGCGCACUUCCCGUGGCGUCAGCCAGGUUUUGCAUUUUGACGCUGACACCGACGAGGGAGAUCAUGGUGCGAGCAGUCGGUUGGAGCCCACUGGAAGGCAUGCGCGAUUUGCCCCUCACAAGAACAUCAACGACGACAACGACGACAACGACGACGACGACGACGACGACGAUCAUGAUGGUGGACAUGACGAUAGGGACAGCGGCGACGAGGAUAGCGACGACGAAGAUGAUGGCGACUCUGUUCAAUCCGGCAAUCUCUUGCUUGACGACGAGCGUGCCUCUGAAGAAGCAGCAGCGGCGUACAUGCGCCGACGCGUUUCUACCACCAGCUCGGCCGCGUCCACCCCGCGUCGCCUGACCCAGCAAGCCGUCACACAAGCACGCUCAUCUCCGCCUUUCAGCACCGAUUGGCGGACCACUGAUUCUCCGCAGCGUGCUCACGACGAUGUUCGCUCGUUUUCCAGCUCGCCUUCCGCCUCAACCCAUGCCAACGCAAGCAUGUUGGAUGUCUCCCACCUUUCAAGCGGACGCGACCGUGGUGCAGCUGACAAUGCCGAGGCUCGAGCGAUGACCAACGCCUUCUACAACCCGGAAAUCGACCAGACCUACUUUGAACAAUGCUUUGUGAGUCUUGAGCGGAUGGGCAGCGGGUCGUUUGGCAACGUCUUUAAGGUUCGUUCCCGCGAAGACGGUCGAGUGUACGCCAUCAAAAUUGCCAAGCAACGGUUUCGCAGCCAAACCGACCGUCUUGAAAAAAUCUCCGAAGUGUACAACAUGCAAUCGCUCGGCCGUCAUCCGCACUGUGUGCAGUAUUAUGACGCCUGGGAAGAGCAGGAGGUGCUGUACAUUCAGAUGGAGUUUUGCGAGCUCGGCAGCCUGCAGAGCUACGCCCGCCGGUUCAACGCUCUGCCCGAAGAGCAAAUCUGGGACUUUCUCACAGACAUUGCGUUGGGCCUCCAGCAUGUCCACGAGCGCAAUUUCUUGCAUCUCGACAUCAAGCCCGAGAAUAUCUUUGUGGCCGAGGACAAGUCUCUCAAACUUGGGGACUUUGGGAUUGCCUAUCGCAUCAACAGUGCGUCUUCGCCAAGCUCUUCCGAUGCAGCCGCCGAACGUGAAGCUGCACUGACCUAUGAGCAGCAACCACGAGCAGCAGCAGCAGCAGCAGACCGUGCUAGUACUUUUUCACUGCAACACCACCCGCGCCAGAUGGAUGCUUCGUCCGGUGCUGCUGCAAGUCGCGAAACCCCGCUCGCUACCCGACGCCAACGACCAUCGACAUCGACUGCCGCGCCAAAUUCUCCGGGGCUUUUGUCAAUGCUUAAUCUCGCCUCGCCGCAGCUGUCAACCUCUUUCGGUGACAAUCGCCGGGAAGGCGACUCGCGCUACCUGGCGCGCGAAGUGCUCCAAGACGAAAACUUUUCCAAAGCAGCAGACAUUUUCAGUUUGGGCAUUACCACUCUGCAGCUGGCGACGCACAUGGAGUUGCCUUCGGAUGGACCCCAUUGGCGUGCUCUUCGUCUCGGCGAUUUUCCAGACUGCGCAGGUGUUUCGGACGAACUCAUGAAUCUCAUCCGGUGGAUGAUGAAUCCCGAUCCCGCGCUUCGACCCACCAUUGACCAGAUUCUCGCUCACUCCUCCGUUCAGCGAUCGCUUAGCAAGCGAAAGUGGGUCCGCGUGUACAACUGUCUGUCCGUCGUGACUUCAGAUGUCUGCUCGCAAUGUCGGUCAGCGUCCUGGAGAGUUUUCAACUUUGCUCGCCGGUUUUUGCCGUCUGGCCUCCUAUCCCAACAACCACCAGCAUCAAGCCGAUUUUCAGACACGCUUUCAAAUUUGUCUGGCGUGUCCGACAACGACACAUGGGAAAUGGAAAGUCCAGUUUCAUCUCGCGCGCGGACUCCCGGUUUGGACCCCGCGUCCCCCACGCCCGCGGCCAGAUCGUUUGAUGUGAAUGACCAUUUCGUGAGCAUGCAGCCGCAGGCGAUCAACCGCCAACAGCAACAACACCAGCAACUGCAUCAGCAGCAGCAACGACACCAACCUGCCAUUUCACAAAAUGAGCAUCCGCAACACCAGCAACCAUCACAUAGCCAGAGCACGUUCGUCACUCAACAGCCCGGUGCGCAGUCCACUCAUCAACUGCCAGCCGCCACAGACAUGAACAAGCCAGCCCCGCCAUCGCCAUCACCGGCUCGUUCACGGGGUCAGUCGCUCAGGCGAGGCGGGUCUGCCAGUACCGGGCGCGAUGGCUCCAAUCUUUCUCACAUGACCAGUCCGGCUGCAAGCCAUCCCUCUGCUGGUGGCCGUCAAUUAUUUGGUCAUUGA